UGUUGAUUCAAUGCAGUUCAUCCAAGGUGAUACAUUGGAAUUCAUGACAGUUUGGUCUUGAAAGUUUGCUCAAGUCUGGGGUCUCAUAACUUCUUUCUCCAUUCUCAGUUGACUGGACUACUGCUUUUCUGGUUGUGAUGGAAAUUCAGAGGAAGACAGUUGUCAGCUGAGCUGUUGGAAAUGCAACCACUAGAAUCAGUGGCCUUGAAAGAUGUAGCUAUAGACUUCCCCCAAGAAGAAUGGGCUCUCCUGGACACAUCACAGAGAAUGCUGUUCAGAGAUGUAAUGGCAGAGAUCAUCAAUCAUCUGGUUUCAGUGGGGUUUCAAGUCUGCAAAUCAGAUGUGCUUUCCCAGUUGGAGCAAGGAGAGGAACUGUGGAGAGAAGGAAUAAGAUUUUUCCAAAACCAGAGUUCAGGUAGGGAAAGUGGCUGUAAAAAACAAGAAAUGAUAAUACAAAAAAUCUGCAGGAAAGGUGCAUCUACCUUCAUGUCAUUGAGAUCUCACAUUCCAAAGAAUCCCUUUAAAUGUAAUGAUUUGCAAGAAGAAUUCACAUUCAGAACUGCAGUUUCUCAACAUGUGUUAAUUCAGAAGGGAAAGAAACUCUGUUUCAGCAAACUAUUUGGAAAAGGCCUCAAUGACCAGUCAUCUCUUACUCAACAUAAGCAAGUUCACAAUAGAAUUAAAUCAUAUGAAUCUCAUGUAAGCAAUAAAGCCUUUAUUCAAUUGUCUGGCCUUAGACAAUGCAAUGGAUCUGACGUUGGAGGGAAAUCCUAUGAAUGCCUUCUGUGUGGGAAAGUUUUCACCCAUUGUUCUUCCCUUAGACGACAUGAGAUAUCUCACAAUGGAGAGAAGCCCUAUGAAUGUCCUCGAUGUGGGAAAGCCUUCACACAUCGUUCUUACCUCAGACAACAUGAGAGAAUUCACAACGGUGAGAAAAAGUAUGAAUGUCAUCUAUGUCAGAAAGUCUUCACGCACUGCUCUAGCCUUAGGCAACAUGAGAGGACACACACUGGAGAGAAACCCUAUGAAUGUCAUCUAUGUGGGAAAGCCUUUACCAAUUGUUCUGGUCUUAGACAACAUGAGAGUACUCACACAGGAGAGAAGCCGUAUCAGUGCCAUCUUUGUGGGAAAGCCUUCACUCAGCAUUCUACCCUUAGGUUACAUGAGAGAAUUCACACUGGAGAGAAACCAUUUGAAUGCCAUCUAUGUGGGAAAGCUUUUAGGACAUGUUCUUAUCUCAGAAACCAUGAGAGAACACACACUGGAGAGAAACCCUAUGAAUGUCGUCUAUGUGGGAAAGCCUUCACUAAUCGUUCCCACCUUAGACAACAUGAAAGGAGUCACACUGGAGAGAAACCCUAUGAAUGUCUUCUAUGUGGAAAAGCCUUUGCCCAUCGUUCUUACCUUAGGCAAAAUGAGAGAAUUCACAAUGGAGAGAGACCAUAUGAAUGCCAUAUAUGUGGGAAAGCUUUUACCCACUGUUUUAGCCUUAGAGAACAUGAGAGAACUCACACUGGAGAGAAACCCUAUGAAUGUCAUCAAUGUGGAAAAGCGUUCACCGGUUGUUCUGGUCUUAGACAACAUGAGAGGACUCACACUGGAGAGAAACCUUAUGAAUGUCAUCUGUGUGGAAAAGCUUUCACUACAUUUUCUCAUCUUAGAGUUCACGAGAGAACUCACACUGGAGAGAAACCCUAUGAAUGUCAUCUGUGUGGGAAAGCUUUCACCAAUUGUUCCGACCUUAGAAAACACAAGAAAAUUCACAAUGUGUAGAAACCACAUGAACAUGGACUAUGUGUGAAUGCUUUCUCAUUCUGGCCUUAGACCACACGAGAGGAUUCAUACUUGAGAGAAAUGUAUGAAUGUUUUUGUAUGAAUGGGAAGUCCUUAAAUUUAUUUUUGUAAGCUUAGACAACAUGAGAGUAGUCAUGUUGGAGGGAAGUGGUUUAAAAGACAUGUAAAUGGGAGAGUUCUCAGGCAAUGUUCUGACCUUAGAUGAUAUGGCAGCACUCAGUAAAAAUGAUCCCUAUAUGCAGAGUUGAUUGCAGCUUUAGAAUGAUCCUUUAACACACCAGCAAACUCACACCCUGAAAAAAAUACUAUGUAAUCAACAUGGUAGAAGUUUUCAUCAUCCUUACUACUUCAGCUAUUCUAAAGAAAGGUUUUUGAAAAGAAUCCCUACAGAUAUCACCUGUGUAGCAAAACCUUUGUUGAUUGAUGAUAUACAAAUUGAGUGAAUUAAUAUUUAUGUAAUAAAAGUGGAAGAAUCUUCAUCUACAACUCAAAGUUAAGCUAGAGAAAUGAUGUAUGAGAGAAAUUCUGUAUCUGUAAUCAGUGUGAGAAUUCCUUUAUAUUAUCCUUUAAAUGAAAUGAAUGAACCUAGCAGGAGAAAAAUACUAGGUUUGUAAUCAAUCUGUAUGAUGAUUUAGUCAAGGACCAACUUUUGUGUGCAAAAGAAAAUUCAGUGUAGAAAAACACUGAGAAAAUCAUGAAAUGUCUGUAUUAGGAGGAUAAAACUCCUAAGGCUAAUGCCAGAUGAUUCAUGCUAGAAAAGUUACUCAGUGAAAAUCAUGAGAAAUCAUUUAUUCAUGCAUCAACAUUUGUAAGGUAUAUAGGAAUUCACAUUUAAAACAUUCUUGGGGUAAUAAAUGAAGUGAAGUCAUCAGUGAGCCCUCAUUUCCUAAUAGCGUUAAUAUUUCUCCCACUGAGGAGGCAACUAUCCUGAAGGUGAAAUAGGUAAACCAUCUACUGAUUUCUCAUCAGAAAACUCAGACUUGACAAUAAUACAAUUUAUUGGUACCCAAUUCAGUAAAUAAUCCAGAAUUUCGAAAAAGCCUAUUAUUGAAUAUAUGUAGUAAGGAAAUUUAGGAUUGUGAAGUGACCUGUGAAUAUUGAAUGAAGAAUUUUGUAAGAAUAUGAAGUGAGAGUCUAUCCAGUCAGUUAGUAUUUGCUUAUAUGGAAGCAGCAAAAGUUGUUGAAAAAUCUAAUAACUUGGCCAAGUUGUAGUUUUUUAUGUAGCUCUAAACAGAAAUAUUGAAUUUCAGAAAUUAACUUUGUAAACUAAAACAUAUAACAGAAAAUGAUGAGUCCUACUCUUAACAUUAAAACAUAUACAAAUCAGGGAUGGAGUCAAACAUGGGUAAAUAAAUACACUUUAGAAGUCUGAUUAUACAUAAACUCUCCUGUUUAAAUGCCAUUUAUUAUUGUCAUAAAAACUUAGGAAAGAAUUAAUAUUUAAAUAAAAGAAGAAAAUGUUUAAAUCCUGGAGAAAUAUGCAUACACUGGCAAGAAAAUUUGUCAGAAUCUAGACUCUGGCUAUGUUUCAUUCCAUAUAUUAGAUUUUUUUUUUUGCAGAAGGGCUAAUGUCAACAAGAACAGAUAUUGUAACAGGCAAGGAUAUGGAAGUACAUUGAAGAUGGGGGCAGUGUCUAGUUUCUGGAAUGCCUUAAAAGUUAUACUAAUUCAUGUAACCAAGAUCUGCCCUCUUAAGGACAGGCACAGAAUACUGGAACAGCUGAGAAAGCAGAAGGAAGCCUUGGAAAUUUGAUUUAGCACAUUUCCCAGAAACAAAACUCAUAAAUCCUUAAAUCACCUCAUGGAGUGACUCCCAGGCCAUCCUAUUCACAUGUACAAAGGGCUAGGAAAGAAAAUGGUGGAUGCUGUCUACCACCAGAAAGACAAGAGGUCUAUUUCUUGUACUCAUUUGUAAUUGAUAAUUAUCCUUGCUUUUCAUGUGGGAAAAUGAGAACCUUGAAGUUUGUAAGAUUUAUGCAGUGCCCUCAUCAACCCCACUUUAUUUGUGUGCUUUUGUUUGAAUAUUUCAUAUUGAUGAAUAGUCAAGUUCAGUAAUCUUGCAUUUUAUGUUUAAUGUCUCUUAACUUCAUCCAUUGAGUUUACCCAUAAAAUAUAUUUUGGUGAAACUUACACUAUUGUACUUCUCCAUUAUUUCAUAUAUUUUAAUCAUUUCCUUGAUUUUAUGUACUACUGCCUUAGUUUCCAGGCUGCUAGGAGAAGUACCAUACAGUGUGUUGGCUUAAGCAUGGAAAUUUUAUUGGAUCAUGGUUUCAGAGACUAGAAGUCUUGCUUUCUCCCCAAAGACUGUGGUGUUCUAGUGCUUGCUUGUUAAUCUUUGAGGUUCCUUGGCUUUACUGUCACAUGGUGAUGUCUUCUCUUUUCUCUUGUGUUCUAAGGAUGUCUAGCUUCUGCUUGUCCACAUGGUUUUAUCUUCAUAGAGUCUCCAGUAAUAGGAUUAAGGCUGAAUCUCAUUCAGUUUGGCAACAGCUUACUAAAAACAUCUUCUGAAAUUCUAUUUAGAAUGAGCUCACACCCCCAGGAAUGGUUUAUGAUUAAGAACAUGCAUUUCAGCUAUGGAUACUUAUAGCAAUGAUUCUACAUUAUUUCUCUAAUGAUGAUAAUCUCAAAAUAUAUCUCUAUCUGCUGAUCUUGUCUCUAUUUUUUUUUAGAAAAUGAAAACAAAAAUAAACAACCAAAACAUCCUAUAUCCCUUAUCCCCCCUAUUAUUUAUAUAUUUUUUCAUUAUUUUAUUAGUCAUCAGUCCAUACACUGGAUAAAGGGAGGGUCUAGUCACAGGGUUUUCACUAUCAUGCAGUCACUCAGUAAAAGCUAUAUAGUUAUGCAGUUAUCAUCAAGAAUCAUGUUGACUAUAUUAGAGUUCAACAGA